UCCGGUCACACUUGCACCCUUAUCUCACAAAUGUUGCCAAAUAUAAUCAGCUUUGUUUUGUAAACCACCCAAUUUUAUAUAGUAUUUGAAAAUUCAAUUCAUUACUUGUGCGAUUAUGCUUUCACUUACAAUUCGUGCUCAGCAGCCAGCAACAAAGCAAUGACCGUGCGGGGCAUAGAAGCUAUCAAAUUAUAUAUGCCGACGUCAAAGGCAGAUGCUAUAGCAGCCAUAAAAACAAACAUACGUGAGGAAACGGGCAGGGCCGUAAUAGAACCUACACCUGUUGAUAAAGGCCACGCCAUGACCUCUGUGGAGCGGUACAGACAGGAAUGGAUACAAUUGCUGUCCAAUUUGGAUGGGGACCCCGAGUCUUUGCGUUUGGCUGCCUUCAACGGGCAGCUGAAAAUGUCGAAGUUUCGCAGCAUCCAUUGGGCCCUGCUGCUGCGGGUGCUGAGCGCAGAUUAUCGCAGCUGGCUUAGCCAGCGUACACAGCAGCGCAGCAGAUACGACAAGUUUCGUGUGGAUUAUGUGCGUAAUCCUCAUGAGCUAGCAGGCCCUGUAGACGAUGAUCCAUUAUCGCAAUCCACGAAAAGUGUUUGGAAUCAAUAUUUUAGCGAUCAGGAGUUAUUCGCUGUCAUACGUCAGGAUGUGGUGCGCACGUUUCCGGGCGUGGAUUUCUUUCGCAAGUCCCUAAUACAGAAUGCCAUGACGAACAUACUCUUCUACUAUGCGAGAGAACAUCCGUACAUGUGCUAUAGACAGGGCAUGCAUGAGAUAUUGGCGCCCAUUAUCUUUGUGGUCUACAGCGAUCAUCAGUCGCUGCUGCACUACAAAGAGAUAGCCAAGACGGACAUCAAUGAAGCACUAUUAAAUGUGCUGGAUGCGGCGUAUUUAGAGGCGGAUACCUAUUCUAUUUUCUCGCGCCUCAUGUCUUCUGUAGAAUCGUAUUAUCGAGUUACGAGCAUAGCAUCCUCGCCCGUUGAGUUGCAAACGGCGAGCGAAACCCCUGGCGUUGACGCAGAGCCCCAAUCAGAGGUUGAGGUUAUCAGCCAGCUGAAUUUGAUACGCGAUAAAAUACUGGCCAAGCAGGACCAACAUUUGCAUCACUAUCUGCUCAAAAUGGAAAUCCCAUUGCAUAUAUUCGGCAUUCGCUGGCUGCGUCUGUUGUUUGGCCGCGAAUUUAUGCUGCUGGAUUUGCUGCUGUUGUGGGAUGCCAUCUUUGCGGACAGCGAUCGCUUUGAUCUACCCAACUAUAUAUUGGUGGCCAUGCUGGUGCACAUACGAGAUAAGCUGCUUUUGAGUGAUUAUACUACAUCCAUGACUUAUCUCAUGCGCUAUCCCACCCAUGUCGAUGUCAACCUGGUACUGCGACACGCCUUGCAUAUGCUCAAUCCCAAGCAAUUUGACUAUCCAGCGAAUGCCUUCUCUUGUGUGUCAUUCACGAACAAUUUGCCCCCAUCUGAGUCACAAGCAUCACAGCAGCGUGCGCGCACUAACUCCGAGUCUUCAAAUACUGGCAGUCACAUUGAUCGGCAGAUCAGCUAUAUGCAGGCUCGCAAUGCAGAGAGCUCCUCUGCAUUGGCGAAGCUACAAGAUGUUAACCGCAUUGCCAUGGAUGGUUACGUCGAAGAUAGUCCUGAGCUGUUGCGCCUGGAGCUGAAGAACGCGCAGACUGUCAUCAAAAUAGCUCGCACCAAACUGCUGAACUAUUUAAACACUGUGCGUCAGCACAUGGGCAAGCAGAGCAGCGAGGAUCUCAACCGUAGUCUGGAUGGCAUGGAGGAACUUUGCAGCUUUCUAGAUGUCAAGUUUAUAUUUCCGCUGCAUGUGUGCGCUGCGCCCAUUGACGAGGCAUUGGAAGCCAACGAGCGUAAGCAAUUGAAUACCAAGAGGAGCAGCGAGCCUGUCAUCCCGCCGUCAAUCGGUCAAAUGCCGCAGGUGCCUGCUGCUAGUGGUUAUGAAAUGCCGGAGAAUGCCUUCAUGCACAGUUCGACGCGCCGACUGCUGGGCGAUCGACGGGAGAUCGAGCUGUCGACCAUCACCAGCGACGAGAGACCGGAACAAAUGGUGCUGCAAAAUGGUUUGCCCGCGGCUGAGCCGCAACAGCCGCAACGGCCGCAAUGAAACAAUGUUUCAGCCAUCGACUGAAUAAAAUUAUAAAAAUUAAGCUAACAUAUUGUGAAUCCUCGAUAUAAACCUUCAUAAUUCAUUUUUUAUUUGUAUGAACUGCAUCAAAAUCAUAAUACGAAAUAAAUGGAUGCAAAGUGCUGAAUAACUUA